UGCCUAGUUUUUCGUCGUAAAUUAUCGGCGCUUUGUUUCUUCCUUCGAAGGGGCAGGUACAAGGAAGGAAUCAAAGCAUCACCUCUCUACUAUCCUUCAGAUCCCCCUCAUUUGAGCCUCGUCUCCCGUUUCGUGACCCUAAUUUCCAAAACCCUAAACUUUCCGUGGAGAGCUUCUCAUCUUAGGAACCCUAAUCUCUAUGGAGAGAUUUGCUGGUUGAGGCAACCCUAAUUUCCGGUUACUUGAUUUUGUCUCAGAUUGGAUCCGUUUUCCAGUGGUGGAAAACCCUUAUUUCAUGGAGGGUUUUUCAGCUUAGGAAUUCUAGUUGGUGAUUUCGCUUCCUUCAAUCCAGAUCUGCUCUUUAGUGUCAGAAACCCUAAGUUUCAUGGAGGGAGUUGUAGAUAAGGAGAAACUCUGUUGAUUUACUCGGACACCUGUCCUUCCAUUAGAUUUGAGUACUUCCAUUCUUCUUUCGGGAAAUUUGCAGCUUGAAUGGAGGGCGGUUCAGCUGAAACAACACAACAGCUGCCUUUUGCCAAGUGGAAAAGUGAUUUUUCGAGGGCUUUUCAGUACUAUCUUGAUAGAUCCACUCCUCAUCCAGUUGGGAGAUGGCUUGGAACCUUAGCAGUUGCAGCGAUAUAUGUGUUGAGGGUUUACUAUGUUCAGGGAUUUUACAUUGUGUCUUAUGGACUUGGGAUCUAUGUUCUGAACCUUUUGAUUGGGUUUCUAUCUCCUAAGGUUGAUCCAGAGCUCGAGGUUAUGGAUGGUGCCUCUCUUCCCAUGAAGGGUUCGGAUGAGUUCAAGCCCUUCAUUCGCCGACUCCCUGAAUUCAAGUUCUGGUAUUCCAUAACCAAGGCAUUUUUGGUGGCCUUUGUCAUGACCUUCUUUUCUUUCUUUGAUGUUCCUGUAUUCUGGCCAAUUUUACUGUGUUACUGGAUUGUUCUGUUUGUUCUUACGAUGAAGCGCCAGAUUCUACACAUGAUCAAAUACAAGUAUGUCCCAUUCAGCAUUGGCAAGCAGAAGUACACGGGGAGAAGAUCGUCAGGGAGUAGCCCAAGUUCUUCAAGGGACUGAUAUCCUUUCAUAUGCUUCUUUAGUUGGAAAUGGACAAGAGACCAAAGUAUCAGGCUUGUACUUCUCUGAUGGAUAUGUCUUGUUUCUGUUUGAUGAAAUAUUUGGCCAUUGCCCUUUAUGUUAGGGGGUUUUAUUGCUGAAGAAAACCGAAAAUCAUUACUUCAGAAAAAUUAUUAGAUUGUUGGCUAUAUGUGCAUAUAAUGAUUCUUUUCUAGUGUCUUCUUGUUGACACUUGAGUUGUUUUUGUUUGAAGAUAUUUGAUCCUGUGACUUGCUGCCAA